UCUCAUUCCUUCUCCUAAUUCAUUUUAAUUUUCCAAAUAAAAGAAUAAAAAUAUUUUUUCUUUUCAUUAAACCGACGUUGAGUCAAAAAGUCAAAAGAAAAAACGUUGAAAAUUUGCUUUUAAAACGGUACGCGUAUCUCUCCCGCUAUCCUCCGCCAUCGCUAAGUUGUCCAGUAGGCGAUCACUUUAAGAUGACAGACGAGGCGUUGUUGAAGCAACUAGAGGAAUCAACGAAGGACAUCGCGCGUCAGCAGGCCGAGACUCUCCAUUCCAUCCUCCAACACCAGCGCCGCGUUCGUUAUCUCCAACGCUACCUCCCCGACGUCCAAGAUCAGAAUGCACCCAUUCACGCCGCCACUUUUAAACACUUCGUGCCGUUAUCUUGCUACGAUGAUUACGCUGAUUACAUCAGUCAAUUAGCCAACGGAGACUGCACUGACGAUCAUGAUCAUCACCACCUCUUGUCCGUUGACCCUCUCCUUUGCUUCUUUUAUAGUUCUGGAACAAGUUCAAUGAAGCCUAAAUUGAUACCUUACUUUGACUCUGCGCUUUCAAAAGCGGCGUCGUAUAUAGCUCAUCAAGGAAGUGCCGCUGUUCUUCGAAGGUUUUUUCCUCCAAAGCCUGAAAUAAAUAGAAGACUGGCAUUUAUAUAUGCCGAUAGCAUUACAACUACAAAAGGCGGUUUCAAGGUAAUGGCUGCCUCUUCAUUCCCUUUGCAGAGUAGUAAUAGCAAUGUGAAUCGCUCUAUAUUUAUGUCUCUCACUAGCCCCAAGGAAGUGAUUCUGGGAUCAAAUGUUGAGCACCAAAUAUACUGCCACCUUCUUUGUGGUCUUAGGAUUUCUGAUUCUGUGGAUGCUAUUCAUGCUCCAUAUGCAAUAGGUUUGAUUAAGGCUUUCCAUGUUUUGGAAUCCAAGUGGGAGCAACUAUGUGAGGAUAUUGAAAAAGGGUUUCCAUGUUUGGACAUUAACGAUAUUCCAAUGAGAGAUUCUGUUGUUGAGGUUCUUGGUGGGCCACAACCAGAUUUGUCUAAUAGAAUUCGGUUGAUUUGUGAAGAGAAGAAUUGGGGUGGGAUUUUGCAUAAAUUAUGGCCUAACGUUCGAUAUAUUAGAUGUGUUACAACUGGAAGUAUGAAGCAGUACUAUUCCAAACUUAAGUACUAUGCAGGAGAGGUAACUCUGCUUGGUGGGGAUUACUUUGCAUCAGAGUGCUGUGUGGCAAUUAACUUGGAUAUCAAGCAACCACCAGAUCUGACAAGAUUUGUUAUGCUUCCAACUGCUGCAUAUUUUGAGUUUCUUCCAUUUGAUUCAACUCAGAACAAGGUUGUUGGUGAAGAAACUGUGGAUAUUUGUGGUGUUGAGGUAGGGAAGAUGUAUGAAGUGGUUGUGACUACUUAUAGAGGGUUUUAUAGAUAUCGUCUAGGUGAUAUUGUAAGAGUUGUUGACUUCUAUAAUUCAUCUCCAUUGCUGGCAUUUGUGAUGCGAGCUCCUAAAACUUCAUAUGACAUAGUGACUGAGGCAGAUUUGAUGGCUGCUAUGGAAAGUCUUCAACUUGUAUUGAGAAAUAUCAUAGGCAUGACAAUAGAGAUUGUGGAGUUUACGAGUUUCUUUGACUCUGAUUUGAGUCCUAAGAGGCUGAAGAUUUUUGUUGAAGUAAAAAACUGUGAUAUGUUGUUACAGGAUAAGUUGCAGGAGUCAAUUGUACUCCUUAGAAAGUGUUGUUCUACUCUCGAAGACAGUUUGGGAAGUUUUUAUAAGGUGCAGAGGAAUAAAGGCGAGGUAGACCAUUUGUCACUAUCCAUUUUGAAAUGUGGUAGCUUUGACAGGUUACUACAAGUAGCAAUCGAGAAUGGAGCUCCAGCUAGUCAGUAUAAGCCAGCUAAGAUUAUAAGAAACCAUGACAUUGUCGAUGUUAUGGAAGGAUAUGUUCUUGUGACUAUAAGCUUAGAAUCUCUAUGUGCUUAAUAGCUUGCUGCUCUUUGGUUCUUAAUGGAAUAACUAGAAUGUUGGAUCUUCAAUAGAGUUAUCUAUAUGCUUUGAAGAGCAUAGAUUUGUCUCAAUUUGUCAGUUCCUAAAUAUUUAUGAGCAUUGAAAUGUCAUACAAGCAAACUGGAAUUCAUGUAAUCUAUUACUAUUAUAUCCAUUAUUUAUUCUCUCAUUAAUUA